AUGGAAACCCCAGGAGCGAGUGAUGAAGAAUUUGUUGAUGCCGUCGAAACCAAAGAUCAGCUUGGUUUCCCUCCUCUUAUCAAGAGAACGUCGUCUUUUGAUUCUCUCAAAGAGCCAUCAUCAAAAAUAGACGCUGAUAUCACUCCUUUUUAUUCUCAAACCGGAGAAAAAUUUAGCGAAAACAAACCAACCCUUAACUCGAACUCUCAAUAUUCGACAGAUUAUUCGUCUCAUAAAGAAGUCGACCAAGCAAUGCUUUUUUCAUGAUCUUCUAAAAGCCUUAUAAGAAAAAAUCGAAAAGACUCCUACGAAUUUGGAGGACUAGAAAUCGUGCAAGAAAUCUGUAUAAAUCAAGAUUCAGCACUUAGAACAUGGGUACUCAAAUUUAGUCCUGAUGGGAAAUAUCUUGCAGUAGCAGGCGAUGAUCCGCUUAUAAAACUCUAUGAAGUCGCAUGCCACUUUUCAAGCGAUUCUUUAAGUCUAUUUAACGAUGUCACAUAUAAUGUUUUGGAAGGACAUAGCCUACUUACUUAAUAGUUAUUGUGUUUGAUAUCCCUACAGGGUGGAUAGAUGCCAAGUCUUCCCGCUUACUCUUCACGCAUCGGGUUCACAAGUCUCUAUUGUGACUUGCUUUGAUCACCAGGCUGCACCUUGGAGCAAGUGUUGCCGACUCUGACGCUCAUGAAUGAGUUACUGUCUUGUGGACGUGAGCUGCCUGAACGGAAAAUCCAAAAAAUGGAUUUUCUGGCCGACUCUCGGCAAAAAGGAGAAGCACGUAGUCUGGGAUGCAAUGCCCAGUUUCUCGUUAGGGAGUUGCCCGAUUGACUCUUAGGGCUUUGCUGGGCUUCCCCUCUCCAAUUGCCGUGCCUUCUUUCCCCACGAGAUAAAAUUCAUCCCAGAAUCUGAACUUGGGUUAGGCUGUGCCUCCUGCAGAAUUGCUUACCUAGUAUUGCCGUCCGUCUCCAGAAUGAUAAAACUUUGCCGGAUAUAAUUAAAAUAUGUGCUCGAAGUUAGUCUGCUUAGCCGACGGCGAAGCGCUGAGACACCAUAUUUUAAUUAUGGAAGGACAUACCCAGCCUGUAAUAGAUCUGUCAUGGUCAAGAAGCUCAACAUUUUUGAUAUCAGCUGGUGCUGACUGUAUGGUUUAUCUAUGAAGAAUUGAUAAUAAAACUCCAGCUCUGGAAUUUAAGCAUCCCCAAAUUGUAAGCAGUGUAUGCUUUCAUCCAGAGAAUGCGAAUUAUUUCCUAACUGGAUGUUUCGAUCGGAUAGUCAGAAUUUGAAAUAUUCCGAAUUAUUCGGUAGAGUGCUGCUAUCAAGCUCCAGAUUUUAUUACAGCGGCAACUUUCAGUCCUCAAGGGCAUUUUCUACUACUUGGGCUUUCACAUGGGCAAUGCAUGAUAUAUGAAACCAAUUUCCAAGAGAUGAAAUUAGCCUUUCUUACACAAAUUCAAUGUAAAAAUAGAAAAGGAAGGAAAAAAGCUGGAAGAAAAAUUACAGGUUUUGACUUUUUAGAUGAUCAGCAAUUUAUUGUGUCUACAAAUGACUCAAGAAUAAGGCUUUACAGUUUGGAAGAUUUUAAUAUAAAACAGAAAUAUAAAGGCUGUAAAAAUGAGAAAUUUCCGAUUAAAGCGAGUUUUUCGCAUAAUAAUAUGCAUUUGAUAUCUGGAUCAGAAAAUGGAAAAGUUUGCAUUUGAAAUACGUUUUCCAGCUGGGUUCCAUGCUUGAAUCCUAUUGUGGGAAGGAGAAAAACUGUUAAAAAUAGCAGCUAUGAAUACUUUAAGAUUGGAGAUUUUAAAAAUGCGGUUCAUGGAAUUUUUGCACCUGAAAUAGUUGUCAAAAGAGCACAACAAUUGAUCACUAAUAUAGACAACGAUUUAAUUAUAGGCCACAUUGUGCUUGUAGCCAAUGAAGGAAAGCUUAAAGUACUUUUUAACCAAUUUAGAAAUGUGAAAUACUAA